UUGUUCAGCACACCAACCUGCCCUUGUCGUGCACAUGUGAGAUGGAAUCCAGGAGCCCAGGCGUGUCACCUCGCCAGCCAGUGCCCAGAUCAAAGCCUCGCAAUCUUGAGGAGGAGGAAUGCCCGAGGCUCUUAUCGCUUGGAGGAAGGGAGGGUCCCGGCCAACAGAUCAAUGGCGACUACGAACUUGUUGAGGGUGUGCGGCCCAAUGGUCGGCCAUGUUGGAUUCGCAGAGGAAAACCACUGCAAACAAAAGCCAGCGGCUGGGCAGAGCACGAUGGCGAACUGCGGCCCCUCUACCUGUUCUUCGGGGAGAUGGGCUACUGGAGUGUAGCAGCUUCUGUGCUUGCAGCAGGUGUGCACGUGCUGGCGCGAAGUGGCCCUGACUUCUCGUCUCCCUCCCCGAACCUAUGUGCCAUGCCCUGGACGGUAUUCGCCUUCGGGAAGGCCUACAAGGAUCCCAGCAUCGCCUGCUUCCGGCAUGUGAAAAGCGCCCCGGAUGCUGUACAGGCUGUACAUGUGACCGGUUGCAAGGGGGACCACGGCCAGCUCAACGGGACGUAUCACGUGUUGCAAGGUGUUUGGAUGGGAAGCCGACCCGCCUUUGUCAAAGAUGAUGGCAACGAGAGACGGGAGGAAGAGAGGAAAGUGAUGCACUUUUCUCAGCGUUCUGGAAGAUGGUUUAUCUCAAGCUGUUCGCUGAGUGCCUGGGAGGACCAAAGUGAUUCUUCGGAGGAAAUGGCUGUACCAAAGUCGCACGGAGCAAGCACGCUUGCCAGGAGCCCCGUUGCUUGGACGUCCUCGUCGCCUGCCAGCUUGCCAAAUGAACCCUGGUCCAUUAUCAGGACAUUGCCGACACGGCUACAGUUCGGCAUGACGGAGAGACGGCGAUCGCUCAAGCUGGCCGAGAGCGACAGAGACGGCGCAAGUGAACACGGACCGGUCACCUUCGUCCCUUGCCAAGAGCUUCAAGUACACGUGGGCGAGCAGAAGGCACAGCCUCGGAGCGUGGCGAGAUCCCUGUCGCGCGCCUCGCAACGGGAGGCAUCUCCAGAUUUGGAUGCCACGGUGCAGCUUUGUGCCUCGGAGCACGAGGAGACCGAGCUACAGCUAUGCUUGCACUUUCUCAACCACGCUGGCCUUGCGGAGCGCUUUGGCCUUAGCGGAGACUACGUGAGAUCCGACCAGCUGUAUGGAGACCGACCAGUAUUCAUCAAGGCCGCCUUGCGCCGGGGAGGCAUCUUUGAAGUGGAAGAGAAGUCUGUUCAGGACAGACCCUUCUUUCUGUUCUAUGAUGACCUACGACAUCGCUGGGAGGUUGCGCCGGAAGUGGGCGCUAAAGGCUUGAGUGUUCUUGCUCGGAGUCCAAUCGGAUGGGACGAGGGCCUCGAGAAGGAUCUUGGUGCCUGGCAGAUGCGUACCGCCGAGCCGGAGCUCAGCAUCUUCCUACCACGUGGCAAGAAAGCGGAGCUUCGCGAGGACUCCCACAUGUUUCAGGACUGCAAAGAUCUUGCGGUUGUGGCUGUGGUGGAUCAGACUCCUCCGCGGACGGUGGCUUUCUUUUGCCAAGGCGAAGCAGAGGUGGCAGUGGCCGAGCAUCCGCUUGCAGGUGAUUUCAGGCUGCUGCGUCAGAGAUACGGGAUGCGGCCGGUCUACCGGCGAACAGCGCUGCAAGCUUGCGGCCCAGGGCCAGGUCUGCCUGCACAGCCAGGACUCUUUCUGUUCUUCGAACCGCGGUCCGGCUAUUGGGUGGUCAGCACCAUUUCUCCAUUGGCAGCAAGUCAUGCAGUCGCGUCUGCCAGACCAGAUGCGCUGGGUCGAUUUGGUCAGGUCCUUGCACGGAGUGGCCCGAAUUGGACCUGCACACUUCCACAGGAUGCUGCCAGCUGGGAGGCUGCGGACAGCCAGGCGCCAGGGUGUCAUUAUCGUCAUGGUCCAGCCAGAGCACCUCCAAGCUCGCUCUUAUCUGAACAGCUUGUGCAAACGCCUUGGCUGCAGCUCGGGGCUUUGCAAGCGGAGACGCCGCAAUUCUUGUGCAUCAGCGGAUGUGGCACCAGGUUGCGGUCGCUCAAUGGCUGUUACGAACUGCUUGACGAAUCUAUGUGGGCUUCACGACCUGCUUGGAAGCGGUUGCCAAAGCAGGAUUCCGACGAGGAGCUUGAGUUCCCCAAGUACCUGUUCUUUUGGCCGGAGACUGGCCAUUGGAUGAUCGGUCCAGACCUGCAUCAUGCACCAACUGGCUUGGCCCGAAAUGGGCCGGGUCGAUGGGCUGCUCAGUCUCCCGACUAUUGUCCAGGGCGUUGGGCAGCAUUGAACGGACACACCUUCUCAGAGGACCCAAAGAUUUUCUGCCGUAGGCAGAAAGGUGCCAACGGAGGAGUGGAGACCUUUGGUCUUUCCAGUUCAGUCUCACCAUGUCAAAGUUUGGGGCCACGGGCCAAAGCAAUGCCCGCGAAGGUCCGAAGGAGUUCCAACUCUCCAGAGGAUGAGAAGCCUGUCUUGAAAGGUAAAAGUCUACCUGCGAGACCCGAAAUGCUGCCGGGCAAAGGUGAAGAGAAGAAACCAUCCAGUCUCAAGCAAGCAUCUCGAAAUCCGCCCGCUCAAAGCAGGACCGAUGGAAAGCGCUUUCCACGUGAAGUGAGCCCGGAAAGAAAGGAAAACCGCAGUCCCAGGCGCGAGUCGAGUCCCGGCAAUCGCAGCCCCAGGCGCGAGAGCCCAAGGCGCGACUGUAGCCCACUGCGCAAUUCGAGUCCCGGGCAGCGGGGCAUUUGCUGGCGGCCAUGAGGCUCAGCGCCGGCUUGACGUCUCAAGGUUCUCCUGUGUCACCCACGCGGUGGUUUCGCUAAAGCAAGA